UGGACAUAAUUCCGGUAGGUAUACCUACUUGGCGUGUGCAGUCCGUGCACUAUAUAAGCGCGACGAUCCGGUGCCUGUGAUUUUCUUUCGCCAACAGACUCAAUCGCGCAAACUCGUACAAGAUGGACAAGACCACCAGAGUGUUCGUCUUUUGCGUCGCUGCUGUAGCUAUGAUUGCGAUCAGCGAAAUACCAGUUGGCACAGAAGCGUUUUUAGAGCCAUUCGCCAGCCAUUUGAUAGCGAAAAAAAUGAUGCUUAAACACGGAGUGGGCGCACCUGCUGCACCGACCGGCCAAACACAGUACAUUUAUUACGGCGGGCAAUAUCAACAUCAGCCACAGCCGCGGCCGUCACCGCCCCAGCCCCAGCUCAGCGUGAGCUAUCCGGCGUACGGUCCUCAAACGUCUAGCUACCCGGCGUACGGCCCUCAAACUGCCAGUUACCCUGCGUACGGACCUCAAACGUCCAGUUACCCCGCGUACGGACCUCAAACGUCUAGUUACCCGGCAUACGGUCAACAGACUAAUGGCUAUUCGGCGUACGCUCAGGCCAGUUUCGGCGGAUACAACGAACAGCCCGCGCCCGUUGUCAAACCAGCAUCGCUGCCGUCCGGAUGUCCACCGGCUAGCCAGCCGAGCACACAGGUCGACUACUCCAACUACGCCGUACACGGUGGACACGGUUACGGCAGCUAUGGCAGCAGUAGCAACAACAACGGGGGUUAUGGAAAAUAAUGUAUGCGGAAAGACCACAACCGCAAUAAUAAUAAUAAUAGUAAUAGUAAUAAAAAUACCACCAAUGUAUUAUUGACUAUGUAAGUUUAAAGAAUUAAAAAUUAAUUUAAUAGUAAAAAAAUGACAAUGUACAAAUAAGGUUUUCAUUAUUUAUCAAUCAAUUACCUACGUAAAAAAAAAAAAAAAGUACAAGGUAAAUUUGACUAGUGUUGUCAAUAACUUCUAAGCGUUUCUCAAUUGAUCUUUGGCACCACGACGUUUGGCGUGUUUCCGAACGAAAACCCUGUGAUUCAAUUUUAAUUUGAAGACAUUUUAUUUUUAUUUAUACGUAUAUCAUGUGUACUAAGGGAUUUUACUAUUUAAAAAACCUAAAGGAAAAAUGAUCUUAAAAUUACCCCAUAAAGUCAACAGUCUUAUUAUUUUCAGAAAAAAACCAUCUAAGUGGCAAGACGUUCUUGCACAAGAAUACUUCAAAUUAAACAUUUACUCACAAAUUAAUGUCUUAUUGAUUCUUUUGGGGCCAAAAUUAUACUACCAUUUGAGAAACACUGAUCUAAUUCAAUUUAAUUAUUUUACAAUAUUUUUCUUUAAGUUUUUAACAUUAUAAAUAUAUUUUUUUAAGACAAUUAUAACAAAUAAACACUUCAUAUAA